GAGAUGGUUCCGAGUAAGAAGAGCGCUGUCCUUGUGGAUGGGGUUGUACUGAAUGGCCCCACCACGGAUGCAAAAGCAGGAGAGAAAUUUGUGGAAGAGGCCUGUAGGCUAAUAAUGGAAGAGGUGGUCUUGAAAGCCACAGAUGUCCGUGAAAAGGUCUGUGAGUGGCGCCCUCCUGAACUUCUGAAAGAGCUUCUUGAUUUGGAGAUGAGAGACACAGGAGAGCCACACCACAGGCUGCUGGAGCUCUGCAGGGAUGUCAUCCACUACAGCGUCAAAACGAACCACCCAAGAUUUUUCAACCAGUUGUAUGCUGGACUUGAUUAUCACUCUUUGGUGGCCCGAUUUAUGACGGAAGCAUUAAACCCAAGUGUUUAUACGUAUGAGGUGUCCCCAGUGUUUCUGUUAGUGGAAGAAGCGGUUCUGAAGAAAAUGAUUGAAUUUAUUGGCUGGAAAGAAGGGGAUGGAAUAUUUAAUCCAGGUGGCUCAGUGUCCAAUAUGUAUGCAAUGAAUUUAGCUAGAUACAAAUACUGUCCCGAUAUUAAGGAAAAGGGGCUGUCUGGGUUGCCAAGACUAAUCCUUUUCACAUCGGCAGAGUGUCAUUACUCUAUGAAGAAAGCAGCCUCCUUUCUUGGGAUUGGUACAGAAAAUGUUUGCUUUGUGGAAACAGAUGGAAGAGGUAAAAUGAUACCUGAGGAACUGGAGAAGCAAAUCUGGCAAGCCAGGCAAGAGGGAGCAGCUCCAUUUCUCGUCUGUGCCACCUCUGGUACAACCGUGUUGGGUGCCUUUGAUCCUCUGGAUGAAAUAGCGGACAUCUGUGAGAGGCACGGCCUGUGGCUUCAUGUGGAUGCUUCUUGGGGAGGCUCCGCGCUGAUGUCGAGGAAACACCGCAGCCUCCUGCAUGGCAUCCACAGAGCCAACUCGGUGGCGUGGAACCCCCACAAGAUGCUGAUGGCUGGGAUUCAGUGCUGCGCUCUCCUUGUAAGAGACAAAUCCGACCUUCUCAAGAAAUGCUACUCUGCCAAGGCGUCUUACCUCUUCCAGCAGGAUAAAUUCUAUGAUGUCAGCUAUGACACAGGAGACAAGUCUAUCCAAUGCAGCAGGAGACCAGAUGCAUUCAAGUUCUGGAUGACUUGGAAGGCCCUGGGAACGUUAGGCCUUGAAGAAAGAGUGAAUCGUGCACUUGCUUUAUCUAGAUACCUUGUAGAAGAAAUCAAGAAAAGAGAAGGAUUCAGGCUACUGCUGGAACCUGAAUAUGCCAAUAUUUGCUUUUGGUACAUUCCACCGAGCCUUCGAGAUAUGGAAGAAGGACCUGAGUUCUGGGCAAAACUUAAUGUGGUGGCCCCGACCAUCAAGGAGCGGAUGAUGAAGAAGGGAAGCCUGAUGCUGGGCUACCAGCCCCACCGGGGAAAGGUCAACUUCUUCCGCCAGGUGGUGAUCAGCCCUCAAGUGAGCCGAGAGGACAUGGACUUCCUCCUGGAUGAGAUAGACCUACUGGGAAGAGACAUGUAG